CGGGACAAUACCUAUAGGACUACUUUUCUACCUUCAUUUGUAUGUGUGUCUAUAUAUAGAUACAGAUCGCACCCGGUUUCGCAACCGAUCUUUACUUCUUCUUUUUCCCUUCUCGCUUGGCUUUAGCAAUGGCUUCUUGCGUUUCUCGUCCUUCGUUCACUUCAUCUCGCGCUCUCGCCCUCGCAAACCCUAAUCUCUCACACUUUCAACAGCUUUCGUUUCAACCCAGAAAGGGAAUUAAGCUUCACAACUCCCCUCCCUCUCUGAAAGUCUUCUGCCUCCGUGAACCCAAAGCUGCAGUUGCACUGGUUACCGGGAAGUCAUGGGACAAAUUGAUUUUGAGCAGUGAUACCCCCGUCCUUAUUGAAUUCCACGCUAGCUGGUGUGGUCCGUGCAGGAUGGUUCACAGGAUUAUUGAUGAGCUUGCAACAGAUUAUGCUGGGAAACUGAAAUGCUUUGUACUCCACGCGGACAAUGAUCUGGAAAUUGCUGAGAACUAUGGCGUUAAGGCCGUGCCAGUGGUUUUGCUGUUUAAGAAUGGAGAGAGACGCGAAUCUGUGGUUGGUACCAUGCCCAAGGAGUUCUAUGUGGAUGCCAUUGAGAGGGUCCUCACUUGAUAGUCGUGGCUAUAUUAUAUUAAUAACUAGAAAACCAGGAUAGUUGAUCAUUUUUUUCAAUUAUCAUGGGAUUUAUCUUAGUCGUUCUUCCUUUUAUACUAAAUGUAAAGUUUUCACGUACUUCUUAGUUGCCUGAUUUAGUGAUGAGCUGCUAUAACUGUUCUUUUUCCUCGAACUCAAACCUUUAUGAUUUGUACAUAAUAUGAAUUGUUUAGCCGCUUUCUGGGAAUCUAAGAUGCGUUUAUGGUUCA